ACUAAACAAAAGUGCGCGUGCAACUUACUUCCUUUCGUACUAUAGUGCUCGGGCUAACGCUUGUACACGUUGGUCAAUCUUUCACGUUUGUGUGUGGUUUCGCAUCCGUCCCUCUAUAUCUAUGUAGCGGUAUCUUUGUUCUGUAAAGGGAAAGCCAAAGAGAAAUUGCGGCGUUAACUCAGUGCUUUGUCAGCUAGUAACUAGCCAGCGUCAUUAGGGUUGUGACGCCCUCGUUGCCUGGCAGAUCCGGCGCUGGCUCCCCGAGCCCCCGCCGACCAGAGCGGCCUUGUUCGUCUGGGGGUGCAUCGCAUCUGGUACCCCGGCGGCCAGGUGCCUAUCGAGGUCAAGCUCAAGCCGAGGGAUGACUCGCGGUCGUACGUGGUGGUGAUCGCGAAGACGGUACCGGACUUGAAUAACAUGACAAAGGGAGGCGCAGGGGACGCGCGUCCAGGAGGCCGACCGGAGCCCGUCGGUGGUCGUGGUGCUGUGGCGGUACCGCGAACCCAAUCCAUGUACACGUACCGCGUGCCAGCCCCGUACCUGCCCACAGAGCCGCGUCACCUGUUCGUCACGGUCCUCAUGCUGUCGCCCGGACCUGGCGUCGACCUGCGUGUCUACCGGCGUUACAAGCUGAUCGCCGUCAUCGGAGACUGCCGCUUCCUGGAGGAAGAGGAGUACGACAAGUCACAAAAUUGCAAGAGUGCCAUGGUGGCGGGUCGCACCGAGGUGUUGUGCGUGUGCAAGGAGGACGUGAGUACGACCAGGCAGCGUCCGGCACCGCCUGUGCCGGCGUUCACCACGCCCACGACACCGAAGCUGCAGCUGCGCGAGAAGUUCAAGCCGCGCAAGACGUUAGAGAGAAGGCUCUUCCAGCUGCCAACCCUGACGCCCAUCAGCAACUGUACGCUGGCCCAGAGGACCUACUUCCACCGGCUGCUCCAGAGGGAAUAUCCACUGGACAACAUAACCGGUGAGCACUUGACGUCACAUAGGCAGCACGGAGGCGGUUAUAACGUCUUCGUUUCAACGUUGGCCUCAGGCACUGCAUGCCUGUUCAGAUUUAUUGCGUACAAAAUAUAUGAUCUAUGCCAGACUCGAUGAUGUAAGAGAGAAGCGAUUUAGGGUGAGGAUCGUAAAACCCAUGCUCUAAUGCCGUCCGGUUCAUUGGGCAAUACGUGUGGUCCAGGAGCAUAUGUCUUGUUCGGACGCGUCUGUCGCGCCGGAGCAUUCCAUACGCGCGGCACAUUUUUCGUUGUUCAGCGGAAAAUACAGUACAAACCUGAGGAAACUACAGCACCAGAAGUUGCACCGCGAGCCUUCUCCGUUUCUUCGUAUACGCUUGUGCGCAGUGGUUACAUAUAUUUGACAUGAGAUCACACAAAAAGAGAAAGAGCAAAUACAUUUG